CCAACUUCACCAAAGCUCUGAUUAUAAAUUGGCGCCAUUCUCAUGUGGCUUCAACACAAAAACAUAUCACCACAAAUUUCCUCUCCUACAAUGGCUUACAAGUGCAAUUCCACUUUCCUUGCACUUCUUCUCAUCUCCUACAUCUUGCUAGCCACUGUUGCUGCCGGACGUCACAUUACUAAGAACUCUAAACCCCAGGACAAGAAAGAGCCAGAGUUCUUGUUUCACUCGGGUGGCGAUGCCUAUAUUCCUGGAAUUGGACGUGUAGGACUGCCGCCUCAAUUUAAACUUCCUCACUACCCCUACACUGGUGGAAGCACCGGUGGAGGCAUCGAAGCAGGUUCAGGACCGACCGGACGCAGUUAUGUUCCAGGUGGUGAUGAUAUCUUUGUACCGAAUCCAGGUUAUGAGGUCCCGUAUCCUGGAACUAGUGGCGGUGGAGCUCCGACACCUGUUCUUCCCUGAGAUCAUUCGGUUAUGACUACCAAGCAAUCAUGCAUGAAUAAAUAAACUAGAUUGUGUUAUUUCUUACUUAAAUCGAUCUAUGCUACGUUUUCUAGUCAUAAUUAAGUGUGCUCCAGGGAGUGGAACUUAAUAGUUUUUAAGCUCUACUCUGUUCGUGAUGAAUAAACAUGCUGUGAGUUACAAAUUCA